UGUUGCCAUAAUUUAAAGGAAAGCAUGCUGAAUUACAGAAUGGCCUCCAGGAAUGUGGCCAUAGGACUGAUGUUCUUAUCACAGACGGUAGUUGGAAUUUUGGGAAAUUUCUCUCUGCUUUACUAUUACUUAGUUCUUUCCUGUAAUGAAUGUGCCUUAAGGUCCACAGAUGUGAUUCUCAGGCACCUGAUAAUAGCCAACGCCUUGGUCAUUCUCUCUAAAGGAAUUCCCCAGACAAUCGCAGCUUUGGGGAUAAAAUAUUUCUUCAAUGACCUUGGAUGCAAACUUAUUUUAUACAUUCAGCGAGUGGGCAGGAGUGUGUCCAUUGCCAUCACCUGCCUCUUGAGCAUCUACCAGAACAUCACAAUCAGCCCCAUGAACUCCUGUUGGAAGGAUCUCAAAGGAAAAGCUCCAAAGUACAUUGGCUUCUCCAUUUCCAUCUGCUGGAUCCUGUACAUGGUGGUGAACUCCAUUUUUCCUCUCUAUAUGCUUAGCAAAUGGAGUAGUGAAAACACAACAGAGAAAAAAGAUUAUGGGUACUGUACUUCUGCAGGGCGUGACAAAUUAACAUACUCAGUAUAUACAGCAAUGUUUGUAUUUCCUGAAGUGGUGUUUUCUGUGCUCAUAAUCGGGUCCAGUGGCUCCAUGAUUCUCAUUCUGCACAGACACAAGCAGCAGGUUCAGCAUAUUCACAGCCUCCAAGUUUGCCCCAGAACGUCCCCUGAGUCCAGAGCCACCCAGAGAAUUCUUGUCCUGGUGGGCACCUUUGUGACUUUCCACACCCUCUCCUCCAUAUUAAGUGUUCAUAUUGCUCUAUUUCCAAAACCCACAGGGUGGUUGGUGAACACAAAUGACCUAAUUUCAGUGUGUUUCCCCACUCUCAGCCCCUUUCUUGUCAUGAGGCAUAAGUUCCAUGUAUCCACUCUAUCCAGUCUCUGCUUUGUGUGCAUAAAAAUGACAAAGUUACAGAAUCUUGGCACCUGUUGCUUGCACUGCACCCCACAGAUGCCCAGGGAAGAUAAGGAGGAGCUUCCAAUAGCUCAGGCAUCUGGACAGAUACCAGAAGAUGCUUUCAGGAUGUUCCAGGCAUGA